AUGGGAAAUAACAAGAACCUUGGGGCAGUUACAUUAUAUACAGAAAGAGAAUUAAAUAUCGGUACUCACAUAUUCAGGUAUAUUGCAGAAGACAAAGCUGGUCUCAAAAGUACUUGCGAAGUUCGGAUCAUGAUCAAAGGUAAGCAAAUUAUCCGUUUCUAGAUUAUUAAAUUGAUUACUUCUCUUCUGCAGGUGUAUCCAAAAAAUAAACAAUUUUGAAAUGUCCACUGAACUGUAAAUUUCCACAACUUUGUAAAUAUAGCCUGCGCUAAUGACGUCGAUCAGCCUUCAGACUUAUUUGGAAGUACUUGAAUGUGUUCAUUAAAAUUUUUCUUUUGUACUGCAGUCAAUGAGCUUUCUUCGAUACAAUUUUUGUUGAUACAAUUUCAAAGCAAUAUAGAGUGAUGUUAUAACUUGUAAAUCAGUGAGCACGCAUAUAUGCUGUUUCUGAUUUUUCUGGCAUGUUCAAAUUCUUUUCUGCCUCUGUGGUAUAGAAGAGGUCUGUGCUAGAAAUUGCAUCUAAUUGGCAAAUUUUCCAUUUUUAAAAGACAGUAUCGAGCCACCUUAAUUUAAGUGGAAUUGAAACAAGGAAUUGGAGUCUCGAGCUUCCAAUCUUCUGCUCGUAGAGCAUGCUUUAACCACUUUGCAAUUUGGACCUUGGAAAAUGCGAUUGCAACAAAUACAUUCUAUAGCCAAGUUUGUUGCAUAUAUAUAUAUAUAUAUAUAUAUAUAUAUAUAUAUAUAUAUAUAUAUAUAUAUAUAUAUAUAUAUAUAUAUAUAUAUAUAUAUAUAUAUAUAUAUAUAUAUAUAUAUAUAUAUAUAUAUAUAUAUAUAUAUAUAUAUACAUAUAUGUGUGUGUGUGUGUGUGUAUUGCUAUUGCUAAUUUUUGCCGUGAUCCAGAAUUGAUCCAGAUUGAGCAAGUCCACUGUAUUGUUUAUUUCAGAUAGAGAAGCUCCGUACUUCAUCCGAUGUCCAACAGAUAUGACGAUCGAGUCGACCAAUGAUUAUGAAAUAGUUGACUGGGAAAGUCCAAUUUUCAAGGACAAUUCUGGAAAGGAUCCCCGCGUAUUGUCAAGUCGACCAGCUGGUACCCGAUUUCGGGUACCAGGAAAAGUUCAAGUAAGUUUAAUGCUACACCUAUUGUAAGGUUUUUUGUCAUCGGAAAGCCGCUGGAAAAUGAGCCUGUUGUAUUGGAAAUUAGAAACUUACUACUAUAAUUAUAUUAUAUACUUAUAGUAUAAAUCUUACAUUAUGUUACCGUACCAAUUUAAAGGAUUAAUGUUUUCUUCCUCUUCUAUUUUACUAAAAAUGUCUGUGCAGAUUUAUUGAUGAAGUACAUGUCGCCGUUCGAUUUCAAGUGUUUGUAAAGCAGUUUUUAGUCAGAAAAUGCUCAAAUAAUUGAUAUUUCCCUUUUUGACCUUUUUACAAAAUAUUCGCGGCAACACGUAAUAAAAUACGCGUGUACUCAGUAAUCUAAUAUAGGUUUAAUGGAUGUGGUAUAUAAAAGGAUUUCAAGUCAUUUACAGGGAUGUUGUAGUACAUUCUCUUGUUUGCUUUCGCAACUAUGUCAUUAAUAUGCACGUUCUAUUUCAAAUUGUUGCUUUAGUUUAGACUUAUAUUUUUAUUCCACAUUGUUAGCCACCUCCUUUUCUAUUCCAUUUACUAUAACAUCGAAGAAAAGUACACAAGGUAAAAGCUGAAAGAAUGUUCCCAUCCCUUUGAGAAUUGUGGUUUUGCGUAGUACUAUAAAUGUUCUUCAGUAUAAGCAAUCUGUCUACACGAAGUUUGUAUUAUCGCACGCCAUGAUGUAAUUAUCACUUAUUUACUGAGACCGAGGGAAACAGUGUGUUUUGUGGACCCAAGACUGCCGUUGAGGGGCCACAAAACACACUGUUUUCCCGAGGUACGCGAUACGGUUCCGACCAAUCGGCAAACAGAAAUAUUGAACUUUGACACUAGCUAUAUAACAACGCUAUUUAUGCGAUGCAAAAAUUCGUGCAAAAAGGGAAAGCAAAGAAAAAUUCGUGCAAGCUGAAAUCCCUACCCCCCAUCACUUUUCUAAUGGUCCGCACCUCAGCUAAUUUCAGUUUCAGUAGCUUUACAGAUAACACAAAUCAAUAAUUGUUAAUUAAUAACGUUUGAUCUUACUUUAAUUCUUUUAUCGGUCAGGUUAUGUUCGUGGCAACUGAUGAGGCUGGAAACAAAAACACGUCAUGCAAGUUCGAAAUAAAUUUGAAAAGUGAGUAUGAGUUCUAUAAGUCUACUAAAUUUCAACUAUUCUAUAAAUAAGCCUUUAUGGUUAUACCAUCUUAUUUAAUUUAACCGAACAAUAGCUUUAUGGAAUUAACAGGAGUACAAAAAUACAGGCCGAUCGGGGGAUCCAGGUAGGGUAGAACAGGGUAAAAGCCUCAUUAAGUGAGGGAGGACAUUUUGAGAUGGUGCAUGUGGAAAGAAAUCUUAAACGAUGGUCGUUGGCAGUGGUAAUAAAUUAAGAAAUUUCAAUAACAUUAUUUUGGAUUAGUUGUGACUGUCGAGAGCAAGUUGAGCGAGAAAGAGUUUCAGUACUUGGGAGCGCAUAUUAAUUAUUCACAGGUUUAGUAUAAGUCUUGAUAUGACUAGUCAUUUCGGUAUGAGUAUAUUCGAUUCAGGCACUCCAAAGCAACACAACUACACGUGUAUUGGACAAGACUCCUCAUGAAAAUUCGUCGAUCGAGAGAGGCUUUAAGUGAAUUUUGUAUGGUUAAAUUUAUACCAACAACACUGAAAUAAAUCUUGACUCGAAAACGUGAGUAAAAUAAUGCACCCAGUGACAAUGAGUACAAUUAUACUCAACUUUAUGAGCAAAUUUACUCAAUUUUUCGAAUAAAGUAUAAAUUUUUACUUCAAAAUUGAAUAAAUUUGAAACUUUAUUAAAAGAUUGAGUAAAUUUGCUCAUAAAUUUGAGUAAAUUUACUCAAAAUUUUGAGUCACUGUGGGGGCAUUAUUUUACUCAAGUUUUUGCACGAGUCAAAAUACUCAGGGAUUUUUUGCAGUGAAGGAAAUUACGUCGCCAUAUUGUCAAUGAAGCUAAUACUGAUGAUUCAACGAUUGAUUAAUUUCGGGGUACAGAUGUCGAUAGCGUUUCAGUUUACUUCUAGUUCAGUGCAUGACAAUGGUUGACCUAUACUAAAUCUCUUACUGAAUGAGGAAACCGCGAUUUCGACUAGAACAUGUCACACAUGCAGAGAUCAAGACCACAAAUCUAUCCUGUAAAACUGGUUUCAAGAAAUUCAAUGCAUUAAGUCUUAAAUUCUAUAGUUAGUUUUGUAAAUUAAUUGCCCUAAAUGUUGCAAUACAUGCAAUGCCAUGUAAAAAUAUAGCAUUAAAUUUUUAGGCUAAUACUUUUAUUUAUCGAAUUAGAAAAGAAGUACAAUUUAUAUAAUUCUGUAUACAGCUAUUUCAAUUAAGGUUGUCCACGAGCAAAGCGGAAAAGUCGAAUACGAGCGUGAAAGGCUGCUGGGAACCGCUUUGAAAAUUCAUUAAUUUGUUAGCGAUUCCCAGCAGCCUUUCGCGCUCGUAUUCGACUUUUCCGCUUUGCUCGUGGACAACCUUAAUUGAAAUAGCUGUAUACGUUAUUCGUCUCCGAUUGCAACGUGUCAUGUUUACUAUAUUCCUUUAAUCAUUUAUAUAAUUAUUGUGUUAAAAAUGAAAAUGAACGUAAAAAUUUAAAAAGACGGGGCGAUCAAUUAUAUCACUAAAACAUGGCAACUCAUUUAUAUAGUUACUUAUAAAACGUGCACAAGUGUUUAAUAUUUUUAAUCUAUUUUUUAUAUCGCUUUAGUGACGACUUGUCCCAGACACGAACCACCCAAGAAUGGUGCUCUAGCUUGCCUUCCUGAUCGUAGCGGGCAAAGGCAGUGUCAGGUUUAUUGUCGGGAAGGUUUUGAGUUCGCUUUUCGCCCAUCUCUGCUUUACUACUGUUCUCGUGGAAGUUGGAAUUCAUUUCCUCCGUUUGGGUCUGGAACUUUUCCUUGGCCAGACUGUGCAGGUAGGAUGACGUUACAAAUUAACUGCAGAUAAUUAAUGCAACGCAAUAUACUGAACAGUAAAUAUUAAAUAUAUUAUAUUUUUAAUAAAUUAUAAUAGAAAACUAGCAGCAUCAAUUACUCUCAGCAUCAACUAUACUGUAAUUUUCUUUUGUAGAAAGAGCGAGUUCCAGCUCCUCCAUAAAGAUGUCAGCUUCAUACUAUUAUGUUGGCGACUGCAAUAGAGCUGAUGUGCAAGAUGAUCGUAAGAAAGCCUUUAUCUCCAUUGCAUCUGAUCCUUUUAGUGUCCCACCAGUGUUUUGCAAAUUCAACCCUACGUGUAAGCCAAAUAAUGUAAACGUAUUCUGUGGAGAAAGUUCUCGAUAA